AUGGCGGCAUCAACUCCGCCGAGUCACAAGGACGAAGAGGCCCGGAAGAUUUCCCCCCCCUCCCCCUGCCCCCAUGCGCGCGCCGCCACAUUCGGGCGCGCGCGGCGCGCGCCGCAGGCCCCGCCGGACGUGGAGCGGGCCGCGGGCAAGCAGUCGGGCGUGAUCGGUUCGCCGGCGUGCGGGCUGCCAGCGACGCCCCCGACCUCUAGCAGCCUGCUGCCCCGACGAAGUGGUUCCAAGAACACGCUGGAGGACACGCGGAAGAAGCGCGCCAAGUGCUCCACGCGCGCAGUCCAGGGCAUACUGUUCAUAGUUGAGUCGAAGGCUCCGCAUCCGCAGCAGAGCUUCGGCGCCACCGUGGGGGCGGGGGGGCCCAGCUGGACGCUCGAUGGCAGUGGAGGCGGCGGGGGAGCUGUAGCCGAAUCGGGCAGUGGCAAGCUCGAGGGCAAGAGGGGAUGA